AUGCAGAAAAUUGAAUGGGUAGCUACUAAGGAUGCAGUUCAUGUGUAUGUAAGCUCAAAGUACGUACGAGUGUCUUUUGACACAAAGCCUGACCUUCUUCUGCAUCUGAUGACUAAAGAGUGGCAGCUUGAGCUCCCUAAACUUCUCAUCUCUGUGCAUGGGGGCCUUCAGAAUUUUGAACUUCAGCCAAAACUCAAGCAAGUCUUUGGAAAAGGCCUCAUUAAGGCUGCUAUGACAACUGGAGCGUGGAUAUUCACUGGAGGAGUAAACACAGGAGUCAUUCGGCAUGUUGGAGAUGCGCUGAAAGAUCAUGCCUCAAAAUCUCGAGGGAAGAUCUGCACCAUUGGUAUAGCUCCCUGGGGCAUUGUGGAAAAUCAAGAGGAUCUAAUUGGCAAAGAUGUAGUCCGACCCUACCAGACGAUGUCCAAUCCAAUGAGUAAGUUAACAGUGCUCAACAGUAUGCAUUCUCACUUUAUUUUGGCUGACAAUGGCACUACUGGCAAAUAUGGAGCAGAGGUGAAACUUCGUAGACAGCUGGAAAAGCACAUUUCACUUCAGAAGAUAAAUACAA